CGCCCCCGCGACCUUUCAGCGAGCCAUGAAUAUGGCUUUUCAAAAUUUCGUGCGGAAGACUCGUUUGGCGCAGAGCAUAAUCAACUACUGCGUGAUUGUGUACAUGGAUGACAUUCUGGUGUACUCGAGUUCCUACGAGGGACACGUGCAGCACAUCGAAUGGGCUUUGCAUGCGUUACGAGAUGCGGGCUUCAAAGUGGCGCUUGAGAAGUGUCAGUUUUUCCUCACCACCAUUUCCUUCUUAGGACACGUGGUAACAGACCAGCGGCUCCAACCGGAGCCGCAUAAGGUGGCAACUAUCAAAGAUGCGCCGGUGCCUACGACUAUCAUGCAGGUUCGCGCCUUUUUGGGCCUGGCCUCGUCCUACCGAAGAUUCAUCAAGGGCUUCGCGGCGAUCGCGGGACCCCUCACGAAUCUGCUGCGCAAAGAUCAGCCGUUGAUCUGGACGCCGGAGUGUGACGUGGACGCAGACCAGCGAGCAUCCUGCGUGGAUCGAAAAUUUGGAGCUGCUGAUCAUACAAGCUUGGACGACCAACGUGGAGGGCGAUCUUCUCGGCUUUCUCUUUGGAUCAGUACGGCCGACCGCCGCCAGUUGAUUGUGCAGGAGCUCAUCACGCCGAUCGUCCAAUUAGCGAACGAUCUCUCGCCCGACAUCGUCUCGCAAAGUGAUGACAGCCCUGCCCCGUACGUCCUCUUGCGGUCGUUGGAUCCGUACCUUCAGUGGACUGCGUGCUUGGAGGAGCCCAGGGACGAAGAUACGCUACCAUCACGGCAGGAGUAUCUGAAGCCUUACGACAUCAUCCCUCACGCCUUCUAUCCGAAGGCGGAGGAAGUGGUGAUCGACGACGACGAAGAAGACGACGACGAGGAAACGUCGGAGGAGGGAAGCUAUAGCGAGUAUAGCGAGGGGGAGCUGAGUGAAGAAGAAGAAGAAGAAGAGGAGGAAGAAGAAAUCGGAUCUGAGUGGGAAGCCCGCACGGGCACGGAGGUGGAAGACACUGAGGCUGCGCAUAGGCGAGAAGAGAUUGUCGUCGGGAAAUGCCAGCUAGAAUUCGCCAGCGGAGCAAGUCAGCGCAUCGGUGAUGAUCCGACCCGGGAUCCUGAACCGUCAAAGCCCGGAGAUGGCGACCCCGCAGCCGCCGCCCCAAGUAUCGCGCGACGGAGACAGAGCAGAUCCCCCUCCUCCUCCAGCCCCACCCGUCUCCUAGUUCGCCCACGUACCGAUGCGAGCGAUAGGCCUUCGUCCUCGAACGCUAUCCCGCCGCCCCCUUGAUUUCCUCACCAUCGAACAGA